AUGUCUCCUAGCAACAGGACCUGUCAACAAGAAGUAGAGUAGACAUAUGGGCCAUGAACGCUAAGUUUCUUUUACCUUUUAUCCAUCUGUACAGUACUGCCAGGUUUGUUUAGUGGCUUUCAAUGUUUAUUUAAGAUGUAACCUUAGUGAGAAACAACGCUAUGCUAUUUUAGUCAUUUAAGGUCUUAAUAUUCUUCUAACAUGAUGUGGACUGUCAGUCAGCGCCAGUGAAAGUAUUUGAAUUUUAAGAGAAUGCACAAUCAGUGGAGUCACCUAUCCAGCAGGAAUAUGCCAUUCAGACCUCACACGAGGUUGACGCUUAUAACCUCCCACAAUUCACACCAAAUCUCUACCAGAAGUGUGUGGGCUCACUCACUAUGUCAGCGCACACAAGCUGGGCACACUAACCGCUGGCAGCUGGCAGGUGCUUUAGGCAGUGACCUGCUGGGUCAGGCACAGGUUCGGAGGGCGGAGGAGUUUGGUGAUAAAUCAGCCAACAGAAAAAUUAAAUCAGCUGACCCCAUGACACUCCACUGGCACGAGGAUGCCACAAGUUGCCCACAAUCCCCUUUGCCACAGCUCAUCCACCCACUCUCGGCCGGCCGACGUACCAGACUCUGCAAAGAUGUUACAUGGUCUUCAAAACCUGACACUCCAGAGGAACAAUUUAACAUUUUGUCUCGCAGACUGACCCAAAACGCUAAACCAGAUGCAGUACUGGAAUGUCUGGGGGUCAGGUGGGAGCUGCAUUGCUCUGUCUUGAGCUACUCAGACAUACUAUCUAAGUUGUAUACUAACAGCAAAAGACAGAGGGAUGUUCAGCUACAAGAGAGAGCUGCCACAAGUAAACACAGCAAAGUUAAUAGGACUCAGUGUGAAAGAGGACUGGUCUCCAGAAAGUGGCAUCUCAGCGGCCCUUUGAUUCUCAGACUGCCUGUCAAAGACGCCUCCAUCAAUAAAGAGGCUUUGUCUUUUGCCCUGCGGACCCUGUACGACCCAGAGGAACGCCCCAGUGAGUGGGGAGAGGCUGUGCUCUCUACUGCUGCAUUACUGGGAAUGUCAAACCUCUUAGAGAAGUGUCUUAAAGAGAUGUUGGCAAAUAUUUCCUCACUGACUGUGUGCAGCUUUCAUCGAGUGUCCUGCAAGUUGAAAGAGACUGUUCUCCAGAGAGCAUGUGAGCGCUGGCUGGAGCUGUUCCUGGUGACGGAACUCUCCUUCCAUAUACAACUCAGAGAUUUGCCCUUUGACCUCCUUCUGAAGACCCUGCUUAGUCCAAGACUGUUCACAUCUAAUGAGUAUGAGGUCUUGAGAGCGGUGCUGUGCUGGCUGUACUUGCAGUUAAACCCCCUCAGACAGACCCUACCAGCCCACAGCACCAUCAUCACCUUCUUCUCCAAGGAAACGGCUGUUUUCUUGGAACAGCCUCAGGGUCAAAAAUACGUCGCUAUCUUUCAAGCACUUCGUAUUCAUGGCAUUACCGAAUGGCAGCAUCUGCAGGAGCUGCAAAACAUCCGAGUUCUUCCCGAAUCCUGGCUGCUGCACAUCCUGUCCAAUCAUUACCACACUGUGAGUGUGUGUAGAGACCACAAACACAACGCCUUAUUCAACCCACCCGUCACUCCAGAUCUUUACCGCGGGGGCGACAUGGUAUUGACUGACUUCUCCAAACAAGCGAUCCGUUUUGGAAUGAUGCUUGAUAGGGAACAAGUGUGCUGCACUCAAACCAUCAGCAUACAUGGCUUUUACUUUCUUCUCCAAGCUGCUAAAAUGGGCGAAUCAGAUACAUACAGCUUCUCCAUUGAGAGGUUGAAACACUGGGAUCCUGCUGUGUGCCAGUCUUCUGUUGUGAGCCGUCCAUACAGUGUACGAUCUGAUCGAUCGGUGUGCUAUCACAUCACAGUGCAAAGCUUUGCCAGUGGCGAGUGGCAAGAGCACAGCAGUGGAGCUGUCAGUCAAGAGUUUGGCUUAUGCAAACGCCGCUCUAGGAGCACGCCGUUCCAGAUUGAAGGACUUUCUUCUCCCAUCCUGGUGACCUUUGCUUUGGCUUUCCCAUUUUGAGCUUGAAUAUUUCCCCCAUUUUAUAUUAGAUAUAUUAAUAGAUUAAACAGAAUGACAGAAUGCUUUUAUGUUUUUCAUGUUUGUGUAUGGUGGACACUAUGUCUAAUAACAGCUAUAUUGUAUUAUGAAUUCCCCUAGAGUCA